CACGUGGCAGCUCCAUGACAAUCCUCUCAUACUAUAAAAGGAAAUAACCUAAAAUCAAAAAAAUUUCACAACUAUUUAGAAUUUGUCUUCUCACUACUAUAUAUAUUUCGAACAAACAAACAGAACCUUAGAAGUCAGUAGUUCAUCUUCAUAAUUUGGCAAGUUUUUAAAGUUGCAAAAAUGGCUUCCCAAGAGCAUAGCUACAGAGUUGGCGAAACCAAGGGCCGUACUGAGGAGAAGACGGGACAAGCGGUGGAAGGAGUGAAGGAGAAGGCGCAGGCGGCGAAGGACAAGGCGUCAAGCAUGGCGGGGAGCGGCGCCGGGAAGACCUCCGAGGCGGCGCACGGCGCGAAAGACAAGACCGCCGGAGCGGCGCAGACGGCGAAGGAGAAGGCGGAGAAAGCGGCGGCGGCGGCGACGGACGCCGUGAAGCACGCGUUUGGGAUGGCGGAGGAGGAUAAGGCGGGCGGCGCCGGACGCCGGGAAUAGGAGGAGGAGUCUUCAAUUAAUUAAGUUGUUGUUUGUGAAAUUUGUUCUAUCUAGCUGUUGUCAUUAUCUUGCAAAAUAAUCCCUUUCC